AUGCUCUGGUCUCUUAAAGUACUUCUCUUAACAACAUCGGUGUGGCGCAACAUACCGGGACACGCCCAGGAACAUGGGGAGUGCGGUGGUUAUGUAACCCGCCAAUCGUCUGGCUACAUCGAUUCUCCCAACUACCCUGGGCAGUACGGCAACAACAUGUUCUGUACGUGGACCAUAGAGGUCGCCUUGGGGGAGGUCGUCAAGUUGACACCAGUAGCCUUCAGUUUAGAGGAUCUCUACGACUGGAUUGCGGUUUACGACGAUGCUACUUUGCUGGGAGAGUACAGUGCAUUAACAGUGAACCUGACGAGCGCUCUGUGCCCGGACCCUGGCGUUCCGCACAACGGCUACAGGCAGGGCGACAGCGUCACCGCGGGGGCGGUGGUUUCGUUCGGCUGCCAUGAAGGUUUCAUAUUGACGGGCCAGGAACACAUCACGUGUAUGUCUGGUGAUAGAAGAGACUGGACCGCACGGCCCCCAACCUGUGAAGACUCUGCCUGCAGUACCGGACGCUAUGUGUAUGGACAGGAUGGAGAGAUCGCUUCACCACGAGAUCUGACGAGAGGGACAUAUCCAACCAACGUCGACUGCACCUGGCAGAUAUCGGUGGACCCAGGAGAGGUCGUGGUGCUGGAGUUUCUGGAAUUCAACAUCGAGUAUCAGCCAAGGUGCCUCUAUGACUGGUUUCAAAUACACGACCUGACAUACAUUAGCUUCUACCAAUUAUUUUGCGGGUUUCUCAACUCGACUGUGUACGUGUCCAUGGCGUCUACCCUGGCGCUUCACUUUCACAGUGAUGGAGAGAUCGCAACGACGGGGUUUAGGAUUCGUUAUCACGUGCAGAACAGGUCUGCAGACGAUCAAAAAGGAUAUCAACGGGUCCACUUACUGUCAGAAGACGCUGGUUCAUUCUCGUCCAUGAACUUCCCGUGGUCCCCCUACAGCAACAAUGUGUAUCAACAGUGGGACAUCACCGUCGACGUGCACAAACAUGUCAAGCUAAUGUUUACGGAAUUUGAUGUCGCUGAAACUCAAUACUGCCUUGGAGACCAAGUGGUGAUUGACGACCCCUAUGGUUCCACACGAGCAGCCAUCUGUGGCACGUGUCUCCCCAUGCCUAGAGUCUCGAAAGGAAACAGUCUGGUUGUCGUCUUCAUGACCGAUUUCGUUAUUCGUCGGGAUGGCUUUUCGGCUCGGUACGAAGCGGUGGGGGAUCGGUCAGAGCCGUCUGCUCAGGACGCUCUCCAGCCUGACUGGCUUUGGAUCAGUGACGUCAGGAUCAAACAAAUCAGCGUCAGCUCCUCCACCAAUCAGGUGUGGGCAUUGGAUGAGUCCGGCAGGCCGUUGCGACGCACAGGUAUUACCGCAGCAGUCCCUCAAGAUGCUGCUGCUGCCAGAUGA